AUGAUGAUUCACAAUAGUAUGCAAGAGCACCACACACCCCGCCACUCCAUGAUGAGCCAAACCGAUCAGUCCUUGAAGACCCGGGCUUCAGUGAGCACCGCCACUACCGAUGUGCUUUCGUCGUUCAACGAAUCCUUUGUGACGAGUGGCAGCGCUAGCCACAAUUUCAAUGAUUCGUUUGUCGCGCACUCCACUACGGAUGAACUGUUGGAACAAAUGGAAUACAAUCGCAAGACGACCAAGCGCAACAUGCGCGCUCGUCACAACAACAACAACAACAACAAACACAAUAGCCAACAAACAACCAAGGAUGUCCCUACCAUGGUGGUGAUUGGAACUCCCAGUUUUCCCGUCGAUGCGCCUCGCACUCGCAGCCCGCGCAGCAACAACAGGAGUAUGGGCAGCCAGAGCUACACCAAUCGUCAACGCUCUCCUCGCCCCCAACCACUGACACGAGGACAGCACAUGCCCCGCAAUACGCCCCGUCGUUGCAAGACAUCCGAAGUCAACAACCACCAAGCUCGUUUCUCGACACCCAUGACGAGCCACAGUUUUGGCAGUCACGAUGCCCGUCUGCGUGUACAAGCGCAACCACAACAAGCACCCAAACAGGAGAGUGUCUUGACCCGCAUCAGUCGCUCCCUCAGUCAUUCCAGCACCAGCAAAAAGUGCAUGGCGCAUGUCAGUCGUAUUACUACACAAGACGAAACCACCAAACACAUGACACUCCUCUUGUUGACCAGUCGCGUCUGUGUGCAACCAAAUCAAGACACCGUAUCGUUGUACACGGACCAACACCGCAAACAUCCCGGAACCUUUACGAUUGUUUCCCAGUGUGCCAAUACCGUCGAAAUUGCCGUCACUCGUGACGACAGCGACAACGCCAUGGCGCAAUUCUUGUACCAUCAAGGCACCGAGGGAAUGAAACUCAAACUCAUUUAG